AUGAACCACGUCCAUUCAUCCCAAACAAUGCCUUUGAAUAGUAGCUGUCAAUGUCAUUCAGUGAAUAUUCAUUCAAGUGACCUGUCGGAAACGACGUCUGCCGAGUUGAUUUCCACUUUCCAAGCAGCUACUGAAACAAAGGUAUCAACCACACCUUGCACACUUCCUGCCACAACAACCCAAACGACAACCCAAACAACAACAACAGCAACGAAUAUCAAAAAGAAACAAUCCUCUUCAAAUGGUAUUCUCAAGCGAAGGAGACAAAACUCUUUCGAUUGCUUGCAAGCAGCGCAAUACAUGAUUCAGAGAAUUGUUAACAUUGAAAACUUUUCAACAAUCACAGAAACAUCUCUUCCAUCAACAACAACCACUGACCAACAAAACAAUAAUGGACAACACUCGAAUAUGGAUCUUUCCAACACUGAUCUUUCACUGAACAAUAUUGAUGAAAACGAAACAUGCAACUUUUUAGAACAGAUUCUCUCCAAGAAGAGUUCAUUGAUUAUUUCAGGUGAGAUGGUGACAAGAGGAAAGAGAACGAAGCGAGUGCAUACGUUAAGCAACCAAAACUGUCAAGCUCCUGCUCUCCCAAGCAACGCCAUGUCACCAACGGGAUCCUUUCAAAUUCAAACCAAUUAUCAACUCUCGUUCUUGAAAUGA